GCGCGGGGUCGCGGCGCAUGCGCGUGGUCUGCCGUGACCCGGCUGGGGAAGCCCUCGGCGGUGGCCAUUUUGGCGGCGCCUCUCUCCGGCCUGUUCAGUUACCACGUGAGCCGCCGCCCGGGGCUCGGCGCGGGGCAGCCCGGCGCGCAGACGGCGGCCGGGAGAGGCCGGGCCCGCGGCCGGCGAGAGCGCCGUGGUUUGUGGGAGGGAGGGCGGGGGGGUGGGGAGGCGGCGGUAGUAGCAGACAGACUUCGGCGGGGAGGCUCCCGGCAGCGGCGAGCGAGCAGCGGGGACGGGACGCAGCCCGGUCGCCCACCCCCCCUCCCCGGAGCCCUUCGGCGGCGCCCGAGCCAGCGGCGGGGAGAAUGCCGUCGGUGAGCUUGCCGCCCAAGGAGAACGCGCUCUUCAAGCGCAUCCUGAGGUGUUAUGAACAUAAGCAGUAUAGAAAUGGGCUGAAGUUCUGUAAACAGAUACUUUCUAACCCAAAGUUUGCAGAACAUGGAGAAACUUUGGCGAUGAAAGGCCUAACAUUAAACUGUCUAGGGAAGAAGGAGGAAGCUUAUGAACUUGUGCGUAGAGGCCUAAGGAAUGACUUGAAGAGUCAUGUCUGUUGGCAUGUCUAUGGCCUUCUUCAAAGGUCAGACAAGAAGUACGAUGAAGCUAUCAAAUGCUAUAGGAAUGCACUGAAAUGGGACAAAGACAAUCUUCAGAUCUUGAGAGAUCUUUCUCUGCUACAGAUUCAAAUGAGGGAUCUUGAAGGUUACAGGGAAACAAGGUACCAGUUGCUUCAGCUCCGACCUGCACAGCGAGCAUCAUGGAUUGGUUAUGCUAUUGCUUACCAUCUGCUGGAAGACUAUGAAAUGGCAGCAAAAAUUCUAGAGGAGUUCAGGAAGACACAGCAGACAUCACCUGAUAAAGUGGACUAUGAGUACAGUGAACUGCUGCUGUAUCAAAAUCAAGUGCUCCGGGAGGCAGGACUACAUAAAGAAGCCCUGGAGCAUCUUUGUACCUAUGAAAAGCAGAUCUGUGAUAAACUGGCUGUCGAAGAAACUAAAGGAGAACUCCUGCUUCAGCUUGGUAGACUUGAAGAAGCAGUUGAAGUCUACAAAGGGCUUCAAGAAAGAAAUCCUGAAAACUGGGCCUACUACAAAGGCCUAGAAAAGGCACUUAAACCAGCUAAUAUGAUGGAGAGGCUAAAGAUCUAUGAAGAGGCCUGGACUAAAUACCCAAAGGGACUAGUUCCAAGAAGAUUACCAUUAAACUUUUUGUCGGGUGAAAAGUUUAAGGAAUGUCUGGACAAGUUUCUAAGGAUGAAUUUCAGCAAAGGUUGCCCACCAGUCUUCAAUACAUUGAGGUCGUUGUAUAAAGACAAGGAGAAGGUGGCAAUCAUAGAAGAGCUCGUGAUAGGUUAUGAAACCUCUUUAAGAAGUUGCAGGUUAUUUAACCCAAAUGAUGAUGGUAAAGAAGAACCUCCAACCACUUUACUCUGGGUCCAGUAUUAUUUGGCUCAACAUUAUGAUAAAAUUGGACAGCCAUCCCUGGCUCUAGAAUAUAUAAAUGCUGCUAUAGAAAGUACUCCCACUUUGAUAGAACUCUUCCUUGUGAAGGCAAAGAUCUAUAAGCAUGCUGGAAAUAUUAAAGAAGCCGCAAGGUGGAUGGAUGAAGCUCAGGCUUUGGACACAGCAGACAGAUUUAUCAACUCCAAAUGUGCAAAAUAUAUGUUGAAAGCAAACUCCAUUAAAGAAGCAGAGGAAAUGUGUUCUAAGUUUACAAGGGAAGGAACCUCAGCGGUAGAGAACUUGAAUGAGAUGCAGUGCAUGUGGUUUCAGACAGAAUGUGCACAAGCUUACAAAGCAAUGAACAAAUUUGGAGAAGCACUUAAAAAAUGCCAUGAAAUUGAGAGACAUUUUGUAGAAAUCACGGAUGACCAGUUUGACUUUCACACUUACUGUAUGAGGAAGAUUACUCUUAGGUCUUAUGUGGACUUGUUAAAACUAGAAGAUAUACUUCGGCAACAUCCGUUCUACUUCAGAGCAGCACGAAUUGCCAUAGAGAUAUAUUUGAAACUCCAUGAUAAUCCCUUAACAGAUGAAAAUAAAGAACACGAGGCUGAUACAGCAAAUAUGUCAGACAAGGAGCUAAAGAAGCUACGAAAUAAGCAGAGAAGAGCGCAAAAGAAAGCACAGCUGGAGGAAGAGAAGAAGAAUGCUGAGAAAGAGAAGCAACAGAGGAAUCAGAAAAAGAAGAAAGAUGAUGAUGAUGAAGAAAUUGGAGGACCGAAAGAAGAACUUAUCCCUGAGAAAUUGGCAAAGUUGAUCGGAUGGAAGUCUUUCUAUUCUGAAUGUAAGGUUGAAGCACCUUUGGAAGAAGCCAUUAAAUUUUUAACACCCCUGAAGAAUUUAGUGAAGAACAAAAUAGAGACACAUCUUUUUGCCUUCGAGAUUUAUUUUCGAAAAGAGAAGUUCCUUCUGAUGCUUCAGUCUGUGAAAAGAGCCUUUGCUAUUGAUUCUAGUCAUCCUUGGCUUCAUGAGUGUAUGAUUCAUCUCUUCAGCAGUGUAUCUGAAAGUAAGGACCUUCCUGAUGCAGUUAGAACGGUGUUAAACCAAGAAAUGAAUCGGCUUUUUGGAGCAACUAAUCCAAAGAACUUCAAUGAAGCUUUCCUUAAAAAGAACUAUGACUCACUACCACAUAGGUUAUCAGCUGCCAAAAUGAUGUACUAUUUAGAUCCUUCCAGUCAGAAAAGGGCAGUGGAGCUGGCAAUGACCCUGGAUGAAUCCCUCAUUAACAGAAAUCUUCAGACUUGUAUGGAGGUAUUAGAAGCUUUAUGUGACGGUAGCCUUGGAGACUGUAAAGAAGCAUCUGAAACUUACAGAGCAAAUUGUCAUAAGCUUUUCCCUUAUGCUUUGGCUUUCAUGCCCCCUGGAUAUGAAGAGGAUAUGAAGAUCACAGUUAAUGGAGAUAGUUCUGCAGAACCUGAAGAACUGGCCAAUGAAAUAUGAACAACUUUAUUGGAAAAAAAUGACAUUGGACCAUAUCUGGUGUAUAAUAUUUUUGUCACGCACCUGCUGAAUUGUUCUAACUUACACAGAGAACAGAAGGAAAAAAAAAAAGGUUGCCUUCAAAUAGUUUUACUUUUUUUUUAUCCUGCUGACAAAGUAUUAUAUAUGAGAUAUCUAACAUAUUACUGGAUAUAGGUUGUUUGGUUUCUUAAAAAUUAAGAGCUGCUAAAAUUGAAGAAAAAAAACCCUUCUCCUUACCUACCCAUGUUUUUAAACUAAUUUAUAUGAGUGAAAUGUGGCAGCACAUAGCCCUCUGAGCAGGUGUGUGGCAGAAAUAUUACUUUAAAUUUGUCUUGUGAGAUUACUGUUAUCUCAGACAGCAAAAAUGCUGUUUUAGCACUGGAUUCUUUCACUGAGCACAAAGAGUUGAUGGGGCUUUAGCAUCUGACUGAUUUUGAUACGGGGAUGAUUCUGUCCAUAGGAAGUAUGCAAUGUGAAUCAGAAUAUAGAGAAACCCUCAACAUACACGUUAUGUUGCGGAUGCUGGGACAUACGGAUAUCAAGCAGAAUUAAGAAACAUAGUGUGUUCAAUAAGCUUGUUGUGUCUCUGAAAUUCACUGUACACGAUCAGUUCGGUGUUCUUGCACCACAGUUUUUAAUGGAAGGAACCAGUUAAAACACUCUCUCUCUUUAAGUUAAACUGGGAGGGGUUGGGGUGGGCAGAAUCAACAUUGCUGUUUGUGAGAUGAACGUGGCGGCUUAGGUUGGCCAAACUUUUUAAAACUGUAAUGCAAGAACCAAAUAAAAUUAUGCACUGUGAUGUGGCACCAACUAAUUAGAAAGAUCGCAUGCAUUUUUUCACUUAGAGUGAAAACGAAAUGAGAACAUACUAUGGCUUGAAGUUGCAAAGAGGAGAACUCCUGACUACCGUUUUGACAGAUCAAGAGACUAAUAGUUUAAAACCUCAGCAGGCCUUGUUCACGUUAUGCAGAAAACAAAUAAAAAGUGCUGCAGUUUAGAUACCUCUGGAACUUUUCCACAGUGUCACAGGUUUGUAAUACUUGAAGCCCUACAUUUCUAAGAAUAUAUUUCUUGCUCAGUUGUUUCAGGCAAGCCCAAGACUUUGUAACUUUUAAGGGGCCCAAGAUUUUUUUUCAAUAACAGACCAGCUUCUUAUUCCUGCAGUUACAGAUGUAAUUUCCUUUGUCAAACAUAAGGUACCAAAUAUAAUGCAAUAAAACGUUUUGAAAAACAA